GUGCGGCUGCUUUGCUCUCUGAGGCCCCAUCUGAGGUGACUACGGCCCCGCUGUUGUCCUGCCCCGCUGUUGUCCUGCCCCGGAGCCAACCGUAGGUGCCGAGAGUGGUCCUGUCAACCUGAAGAUGGCAACGCUGAUCCUUAUUGACAAGGAGAAUGGUGAAGUGUGUGCUGCUAAGAAUCAGCUAAGACGCCCUUCAGGAUCUUCAAAAGUCUUAUGUGAAAGAAUGCUAGUUAACACUCCACUUCCUAAAAAAACAAUCAGUAGAUCUCCAGCCACCCCUUGCUCUGUCAGAAAGGCUCUUGGAAAUGUGAAUAGAACUGAAGGAGUCAUAAGCAAGACAGAAAAGAUAAGACAGAAAAAUCAGCCUUGCACUGCCACCAAAAUUACUGGAAAGACAGCACAAUCAGAAAGCUGUGAUGCAAUAGCUGAAGAAGACUGGCCAGAAAUAGAAAAUAUGUUUCCUUUUGAUCCUCGAGAGUUUGAGAGUUUUGAUCUUCCUGAAGAGCACAAAAUAAGCAAUAUCAACCUGUGUGGUGUUCCCCUCAUGGUAUUUGAAAGGACAUAUGACAGAUGUGUGAACAUGGUUCCUUCACCUGUGAAGAUUGAGGAGAUUUCAAGGGAGUCUAACUUGCUACAAUCAACUGCUGACUUUCUUGCUACCCUGGAUGAGAUCAUUGACAUGCCACCUCCAAAUUAUGACCUUUAAUUCAUAUUCUGAAGCUUCUAUUAAGUUUGAAUUUCAUGUAGCUCUGUAUUUUAAUAAAGGCUAACCUAACAUGU